GAAGACCGACCGAACGAAAGAGCAAACAGGGGAAGAGCGAGAGAGAAAGAGACGCGGGACAACACAAGGAAAAAGGAUCUCUCCUUCUUUAACUUGCCCUAAGCAUCUCUCUCUCUCUCUCUCUCUCUCUCUCUCUCUCCGUCUUUCAAGAAUGAUGGCUUCACCUUGCAUAUGGUUCUGCAACGCUAAGCCGUUACCCCCAUUUCCUACUUCUUGAUAACGCUCCCCAACUUCUCCUUCUUCCUCCUCUCGUGGGUAGCUUCUAAUCUUCCUAACUAGGGGCGGGGCUAGGGUUUUCUGUAGUUCUUUUGCCUUGCAUUUCCUUAUUUGGUGGUGGUGGUGGUGGUGGGUGGUGAUGGAGGCGUCAGGGGGGAACACCCCCGACAGCUUUCGGAGCUCCGGGGGGCUAGUUUCGAGGCGAUAUGGCGUCAACUUUUCCACGGCGAAUUUCAUUCAGGCACCCCUGUCGGCGCUGCUAGAAUAUUCAGGCAUAUUCCGAGGCCGAUCGGGCCACCAGGAGGCCGAGCCCCUCGUCGCCAGUGGAGGCAGUGUGUCGGGGUUCCGGGAACAGACGGAUGAGUCUGAGAACGGUGGCGGUGGCGCGGAGGUUUCGAUCAGGAUAAUUGGGGCGGGGGAGCAGGAGCACGUCAGGGUUUCUGCUACCGUGGAGCCGGCUGGUAUGGGGGUUGAGGGUGGGGAGCCGCGGAGGGCAUCAGCCGAAGGACACGCUGUUGUGCAGGGCGAGGUGGUCUCCUCCUCGUCGCAGGUGGCAGUGGCGGGUGGAUCGACGGGUGGGGGAGUGGAGGGCGACAAUGCGAAUGAGCCGCCAACGGGGACGUCAAACGGGCGGGACUCACCGUAUCAGAGGUACGAUAUUCAGCAGCUUGCUCGGUGGUUAGAGCAGAUUCUUCCCUUCACCCUUCUUCUGUUGGUAGUCUUCAUUCGGCAGCAUUUGCAAGGACUUGCAGGUUUCUUUGUCACAUUUUGGAUUGCUGCAGUUAUGAUAAAGUCAAAUGAUGUCCUACGUAAGCAGACAGCAUUAAAGGGUGAGAGGAAAGUUUCUGUUAUUGUUGGUAUCACCUUGGUACUUCUUCUUCAUGUAUCUGGGUUUUACUGGUGGUAUAAAAAUGAUGACCUCCUGUACCCACUUGUCAUGCUUCCUCCAAAAUCAAUACCACCAUUUUGGCAUGCAAUAUUUAUCAUCGUGGUGAAUGAUACCAUGGUUCGCCAGGCAGCAAUGGUAUUCAAAUGUAUGAUUCUGAUUUACUAUAAGAACAGCAGAGGACGCAAUUAUCGGAGACAGGGUCAAAUGCUCACCUUAGUUGAGUAUCUUUUGUUGUUGUACCGUGCAUUGUUGCCUACUCCUGUUUGGUAUAGAUUCUUCUUGAACAAAGAUUAUGGGAGUCUCUUUUCAUCCCUUACAACGGGGCUAUACCUGACUUUUAAGCUAACAUCAAUUGUAGAAAAGGUCCAAUCCUUUUUUGCUGCUUUGAAGGCGCUAUCUCGUAAAGAGGUGCAUUAUGGGUCUUACGCUACCCCAGAGCAGGUCAAUGCAGCUGGUGAUCUCUGUGCGAUCUGUCAAGAGAAGAUGCAUGCUCCUAUCCUACUACGUUGUAAGCACAUCUUCUGUGAAGACUGCGUAUCAGAAUGGUUCGAGAGGGAAAGAACGUGUCCUCUAUGCAGAGCACUUGUCAAACCAGCAGAUCUCAGAUCAUUUGGAGAUGGCUCCACGAGCUUGUUCUUUCAGCUUUUCUGACGAUCUUUCUAUGGCAUGCAGAGGAGGUGUUUUUUUCCCUUCAUUUUGCUGCCCGAAAAUGGCGAUUUUCUUUGCUAAGAGUUGUAUCUGAUCCAAAAAUGCAACAUCAUCUGUUGUAAAGCGCCCCGGGUAUUUAUUACCAGAAAUGGUGCAAUGAUCUGUUGCGAAUUCGCCUCUCUUAUGAGGUGCUUGGGUAAAUAAUAAUAAUAAUCAUAUUACAUUUGUUGUAUUUUAA